AUGGUCAAGAAGAAAAGUAGAAGAUUUCUUAAUCCUGCCGAUGCACAUCGUAAGGCGAUGCGUCAAAAGGAAAUUAAAAAGAAUAAAAUGGAAAGAAAAAGAGUAAGAACUCUUAUUAUGGUGCAUAAAGAUACUACAAAACUUGAAGAAGAAAUAACAAGAUAUAGAUCUUUAGAUAGAGAAAAAAAGUUGGAUAAAAAUGGAAAAGCAAAAUUAAAAGAUCUGGAAGAUAAAUAUAAAAAAAUUUGUGAGACAAAGAAGUACAUUAAAGUAAGUGUAAUAAAGGAUAAGGAUAAGAAUGUCAAAGAUCAAAAUCCUAUACAUUUCCAUCCAACUUUAAAUCCUUCUGGAUUACCUGCAUCUAAUUUGGGUCAGGAAGAAAGUGAUAAUGAUGAGAAUGAUAGUGUAUCUUCUGAAGAAGAAGAUGAACCUUCGCAGAAUUCUGAUUCACGUAUACCUAAUGCGAUGCAACCUCCACCGACAUCAUCAUUUCCUCCUUCAAAUGGAAAUCAUAUUUUGCGUAAUGGACAUCCUGGAUUAAAUAAUAUGAGAUCUAAUGUGAUGCAACCCCCACCGACAUCAUCAUUUCCUUCCGCAAAUGGAACUCAUAUUAUGCGUAAUGGACAUCCCGGAUUAAAUAACAUGAGACCUAAUAUGAUGCAACAACAACCGCCACCAACUUCACCAUCAUCAUUUCCUCCUACAAAUGUUUAUGGAUCUUCGUCACGUAAUUUCUCUCAAACCAAUACAUCUAAUAAGUUUCAACCUGAAAAUUCAAGUACGUUGACUGCUACACCAGUUAUUCAAGCAGCACCGAAAGUUCGUAAUCUUCAAAAGGAACUUACUACAUUUGUUCCUGCAUCGCUCAUGCGAAAGAAAGUUUCAGAAAAUAAACCAAAAGUUGCUCGACCAGUUGUAAAUGCUGCACCUAAUAUCGAUGAUGGAGUGAGUUCAACUACAACAACCACCGCCAUAAAAAGAAGUGUUUCAACGGCGAUACCUUUAUUACAACAAUCAGAAAAUAAUAAUUUAUCAUCAGAAACUAUAAGUACCCCACCACCUGCUAAAAAAUCAAAAACCAAUAAAAAGAAAGUAGAUGAAUAUGAUAAAUUCAUGGCAGAAAUGCAAGAUUUAUUAUGA